AUGGCUCCAUCACUCCAAGAUCGAGCCUCGACAUCGGCUUCAGAUAUCCCUCUCGCUGACCUCGAAGCCGGACCUCGAGCGAACUCAAACUUCACUGGAACCUCCCGCUGGAACGGUUUCUCCCAAUUCCACCCUUCCAAUAUCCUCGCGAACCCCAAUGGGCUGGCCCCGAAGGUGUCGCAGGAAGAUUGGCUGGCCUAUAUCGAAGAGUUAGGACAUAGAUUGACGGUCGCAUUGACUCCAAGCUUCCUACAAGAAUAUGUCGGUGGCGGCGCACACCAACCUACCAAGUUGCAUGCUAUCGCUGCACUCGAUGGACUACGUGGAUGGGCCUGUCUGCUGGUCUUCAACUUCCACUUCCUCUUCACAUAUACCUGGAAGGUUGCAAUUGGGUGGGGAUUUGCAGGCGAGAACUUUGGAAUUCACCAGCUACCCAUAUUACACAUGUUAAUCUCAGGCCACAUCAUGGUGGCUAUCUUUUUCGUCAUCUCCGGCUACGUUCUCUCCUACAAACCCUUGAAGACCAUUCGAUCCCGGUCAUUUGAGGAGACCUUUACCGUUUUGGCCUCGUCAACCUUUCGACGAGCACUCCGCCUUUAUAUCCCUUCCAUCGUUGGUCUCGCAUGUGUCUUUGUGGCUGUCCGGCUUGGCCUGUACAACUACUCGUGGGGUGUCAUUAAGGAGGGCCAUACCAUUGUCGGCACGAAUGAACAACACCCACCCAUUUACCGGUCUGUCUUCAAGCAGUUCUGGGACUUUUAUUAUACCAUCGCACACCUGCUAAAUCCGUUCGAUUGGGGUCUCUACUACAACAACUACAACCCGCACCUAUGGACCAUCCCUGUGGAAUUCCGGUGUUCGCUCGUGCUCUUCAUCACGACGCUGGCUACCUCUCGCCUAAAGUCUGUCAUCCGGAUGCCCCUCGUAGCCAGUCUUAUCUGGUUCUGCAUGCGCUAUGGUCGAUGGGAUGUCGUUCUAUUCUUGUGCGGCAUGUUGAUGGCCGAGAUUGAUCUCAUAAACGGAACAUGGGAGCGCCCUGCAAAUUCAGCAGCCAGGGACGAUAGGACACACAUCCGCUUUCACCCUGGCGGCAAGAUCAUGGCUACUGUCUCCCGUCGACGCUUAUGGAUCGCCAUCUUUGGUCUGGGUCUCUACAUUGGGUCAACCCCAAAUCUCGGAUUCAAGUGGACGCCCGGUUACAUGUGGCUUUGGAAGAUCACACCAUGGACAUAUCCCGAGCCACACCGAUUCCCACAGACCAUCGGCGCAACUUUGAUCGUCUUCAGCAUUAAUCACUCCCCCGACAUCCAGAAACUCUUCACCAAUCCGUUGUCUCAAUAUCUGGGCAAGAUCUCAUUUGCUUUUUACAUUGUUCACGGCCCUAUUCUGCAUUCCCUCGGCUACUCGAUUAUGCCUAGUAUCUGGGCUAUGACGGGCAAGGAGAGCAAUUUCCAGUACUGCUUUGGCUUCUUGAUUGGCUGGUCCAUCUGUCUGCCGAUUUCCAUUUGGGCAGGCGAUGUUUUCUGGCGAGCCGUCGACAUGCCGAGUGUGAAAUUUGCACGCUGGAUUGAGAGCCAAGUCAUUGCGAAAGGCUCACCAGCGACUGGAACUCCGAGUUUGUCGACCCCAAGGGCACAAACUCCGAGGAACCAGUGA